AUGUUCAAGUCCCAAUUCUAUUUCCUUGUGUUUCCUAUGCCAUUAUGGACUCUACUGUGGAGUCUGUACUUCAUAAAUGUUCAUGGCGCCCUUUACCUUGAAAUGCCAUUUGAUACGAGCAAGUCUUUCGGAUACGACGGUCCAUGGUAUACAGUCCCUGUGGCCAUCGGCAGCAAUGAACAAAUUGUCAACCUUUUCCCAGGAAGCCAGUGGGCCCCUACAAUCCUAUCUACUACUGUCUGCGAGGAUAUCCCGGAUUGUGUAUCUAAAAAGGGCGGUCUUUACAACUAUGAAUCAGACACAAGCACUUAUCCGAAUACUAUCGGAUUCAACGCGAAAGGAGUAGACACAAUACCCUAUGGGUCGCUCUUUGAUGCUGAAGGACAAAACUAUGGGCAAUUUGCCCAAAUCAAAGUCGGGAAUGGCUUUUCUCGUGUCACUAUUGCAAAUGCGUCUAUUUCACGGGUAGAAAGUGUAUCUCUAUUCUACGGGAGGAAAGAAGUCGGCAUGAGCAACGGAUUCUUGACCUUGGGAGCUGUAGAUGAUGCACAUGUCUUCGGAUCUUAUCGUCCAGUUAUACCUCUAAACAAUCUCGCUAAGACCGGUGUGAUCGCAUCACGGUCGUGGGGAAUGCAUUAUCCAUCCGCAAAACUCAAUCAGCUUCCUUCACUGGUUUGGGGGGGUUAUGAUAGAUCUCGAAUCUCUGGGCCAAUUGAGCGUUUUGAUGCAGACUCCAACGCUGUAAAGAAAAUGGAUCUAAUAGGCAUGAAUAUCGAUACAGCAAUAGGAAAAUCACCUUUUUCUUACCAAAAAAAAUCAAACCUUUUGGUCAAUCCUUUGUCGAAUGGGAAGGAUAAGGUUCUAAGGGUAGAAUUGGAGUCAGCCUUGCCUUAUCUAGUGCUCCCUCAGGAAACCUGCGAUGCUAUUGCCGAAGAAUUGCCUGUGACAUUCGACAGAACUACGGGUUUCUAUUUCUGGGAAACAAGUAACCCGCUGUAUCAGGGAAUAGUCACGUCUUCGUCCUACCUCUCCUUUGAUUUUCGGGUUUCAGCUUCUCAGAAUUUCACAAUCAAGAUACCUUUUGCACUUCUCGAUCUCAACCUGACGGCUCCACUCGUCACGACUACUCAAGCCUACUUUCCUUGUAUGGGUGCCAUACUUGACACCGAGUCCGGUGACGGAGCUAUUCUGGGGAGAGCAUUCUACCAAGCGGCCUUUAUCGCUCAGUCUUAUGAAACCCGCAAAUUCUGGAUCGCUCAGGCGCCUGGGCCAUCCUAUACCAGUCCAGAUAUUCGAAGUAUUAGUAAGACAGAUAUAAGCCUAGACGCGCCUACCUCGAGAGACGAUAUAUGGAUACAGAGCUGGAACUCCACCUGGAAGGUUGUCCCCUUUGAGACUACGCAAUCUCCUCCUUCAGAGAGUUCCUCCGCAUCUUCACCUACAUCAAAAACGGGGGCAGGAAUCUCGACUGGGGCAAUAGCAGGUAUUGCGGCUGGAGCAGGUACCGUGGUUCUACUCAUUAUUUUGUUUCUAGUUUGGCGCAGAAAAAAGAGGAUGGUCUUAUUACCAUCAAUGCCAACACCAUCAUUGAUACCCGUAUCCCCAAAGAGCAGUUCCCCCAACCACCAGCAACAAUAUCGAUAUCCACAAGCACACCUAAAUCCCAGGCAUGCUUUUGCUCCAUGGGAGCUGCCAGGUAAUGGAUCGGAGCGAUGGAAUGUUAGUAGGGAGUCGGGGUCUCAAAACCCACCUCAGAUUUAUGAAUUACACUAA